GAGGCCAUCAUGGACGGGACGGAGAUCGCGGUGUCCCCGCGCAGCCUGCACAGCGAGCUGAUGUGCCCCAUCUGCCUGGACAUGCUGAAGAACACCAUGACCACCAAGGAGUGCCUGCCCCGCUUCUGCUCCGACUGCAUCGUCACCGCCCUCCGCAGCGGGAACAAGGAGUGUCCCACGUGCCGCAAGAAGUUGGUUUCCAAGCGCUCCUUGCGCCCUGACCCCAAUUUCGACGCCUUGAUCUCCAAAAUUUACCCCAGCCGCGACGAGUACGAGGCUCACCAGGACCGGGUCCUGGCCAAGCUCAGCCGCCUCCACAACCAGCAGGCGCUGAGCAGCAGCAUCGAGGAGGGGCUCAAGAUGCAGGCGAUGCACAGGGCCCAGCGCGUCCGCAAGCUGCACCAGGAGUCAGACAACGCCACCUUCAGUGGGGGCGAGGACAACUGCGACAGCCGCUCCCACCUCAGCAACGCCUCCGCCCCCAGCCACCCCGAGGCCGGGCCCAGCCGAAAACGCUCCCGCGCCUCUGACGACUCCGGCCCGGACCCUGACCCCGAAACCUCCCACGAAGGAGGGGGUCGGGGCACCCCUGAACCCGGCGCCGAGCCCGGCAGCAGCGAGAUCGAGUUGGUGUUUCGGCCCCAUCCCCUGCUGGUGGAGAAGGGGGAGUAUUCGCAGACACGGUGA